ACAUACAUUACAUUUCCACAACCAGCCCAGUUUCCGCCAUGCCGAAUGCUCGCGUUUUGAGAGACAUAAAAGCCCGCCAAGGAGUUUAUGCCAACGAAAUUGCCAGGCGUGCGUACCUGUACGUUGCCCGGAACGAAACCCUCCCCCCGCAGGUUCGGCAUCAAGCACAACUUCAGCUCAACACGUAUGGGAGGUACACGCGUCCAACGACCGUGAAGAACAGGUGUAUUGUUUCUGGGAAGGGGCGGGGCAUCAUUAGCGAGUUUGGAUUGUGUAGAUUCCAAUUCCGGAUGCAUGCUCUCCGCGGUGAACUCAAUGGCGUGCAGAAGGCCUCCUGGUAAACUUUUGAAGUGACAAUUUUACUGGUCUCUCUUUACAAAUUAUUUAGCGAUACAUCUUUUAAAGUCCAUCGACUGUCCAGUAACACCGCGCACUGCAUUACGAGGUUGCAUUUGGUUCAGUAACAUAAUCCGCACUUCGCAAUUCGGAUUCGCCCCGCUCCUUUCUC